UUUGUGUUGCAGUUAGUUUCCGAAUUAAGCUUCUUCUGUCUCAAAUUCCUUUUCUUUUUUUUUUAUUGCUAGAAUUUCCGAACUUGUUUUAUACAACGAGAAAGAAACAACCUCCGAUCAUCAAAUUAACGAGAAACCAUGGGUUCUGAACAGAAUGAAGGAACUAGCUUUCCGCCGUCCGAGACGAACUUUUGCGCCAACGGCUGUGGGUUUUUCGGCACGGCGGCGAAUAUGAACCUUUGUUCCAAGUGUUAUCGGUACCUCCGUGCCGGGGAGGAGCAAGCUGCGCAGGUGAAAGUUGCCGUGGAGAAGUCCCUCCGAGUCGAAACGAACAAGGAAGAUGAGGUUGUGGAGACGUUGACGCCUGUUCUUGAGGUGUCUCGUGUGGGUUCAUCUUCGACCGUGGUUGAGCAGCAAGCCGAUGAAAAACCGAAAGAGCCGAAGUCGACGAACAGGUGCUUUGUCUGCAGAAAGAAAGUCGGAUUGACCGGUUUUAAGUGCAGGUGUGAGAGUACAUUCUGCGGCGAGCAUCGGUACCCGGAGAAACACGAGUGCUCGUUUGAUUUCAAGGGUGUUGGACGUGAGGCGAUUGCGAAGGCGAAUCCGAGCAUCAAAGCCGACAAGGUGCGGAGGUUCUGAAUCAAGCGUGGGGGCUUGGAGGCACGAUUUAGUUUUUGUGGUUCUUGAAUGGAUUUGGAGAAAUCGUUUCGAUGUUGCUGCUAGUGUUUGGUUCCACAGUAGGAAACAGUUUAUCAAUGAAUGAUUAGUUUUCAGUUUUACUUCA